CGUCUUGGAAUUGUUGACGCUCAGGAUGUACCAAAUCCAAACCCUACAGCUACAUUCCCGACAUUCGCCCUGAACCGUGUGCAUUCCUGCCACUCGUCCUCAAAAUGUCCGCCACGAAGCUGGAUAAUCAAAUCGGCAAAGCACUGGUAGACUUCUCUGCAAACGGAGCAUUCCCAGAAGAAGAAGCUAUCUCUGCAGCGUAUGUGACUUCAACAUUGCUGCCUACGGUCUUGGGAGCUCUAGGAGAGGCUAGGACGGAGCUUGAGACCGAGAUCCGACACAUCAGCAGCGACAGCGCAUCAGACGUCGAUGACUGGAUACGAAAUGCGAAAGCUAUUCACGAUAAUAUUGAGAAGUCUCGGAAACUGGCAAGCAGUAUCGUGCGCCAAGCGGAAGCGGAUGAAGAUCGAUUGGAAGGAUUACAGCAUCAAGAGAACUAUGUCGGAUUUCUCUCGAAGGAAGUCUAUUACAAUACGCAGCUUUUGUCGUGUCUCAAGGCUAUCCAGGAAGCAAACGAUAUGUUAAGCAGGUUGGAAGUCCAAGCUUCGGAGCACAAUAUCGUGGAUGCCUUACAUACUUUAGCAGACACUUUCACCUCGAUUGCAAAGAUUCCACUAGAAAAAAGUACAAGAGCUGUAAGACUCCUUGACAACAGAGCGUCUGGUCUACGAGAACAUUUUCGGGAACAAUUACUCAAUGUCUGGCACAACCUGGUUCAUGUCGAACAAGAAAAUGGCGUCUUCUCCUUCACUGUUCAAGAGAAGCUACCUAACGAACCAACGACCUUGAGCGAUGCGGUAGUUGCAUUUCAAUCUUUCAAGGAGCUGGAUGCGAUAUCUAAGAAGCUCUGGGACAAUCUGGAUGCGGUAAUAUUCAGACGCCGGACCGACAUUGGGGCCGGGUCGCCUCCUAAAUUGGAGAUCGCAGAGAACACUCUUUCUUUGGGCUCUGGUACAACUGACCGUACUAUCAAGACUCUGUUCACAGAUCUCGAGGCUGUCAUAAAAUUCCUCAAUCAGAGGUUACCGCAAGAGAUCGUUGAUCCUUUGUCACGGAGGAUGAUGCCGAUUCUAUGCAGUCGUAUUCUGGAAGACUGGCUGGAUACAGCGGUGCCCGCUUCUCUGGACGCCAUGGUUGAUUAUCAGAAGGCCCUAGCCCAAGUGGGGGAUUUUGCCACAGUACUCGAUUCUAUGAAUUGGCCAGGAGGAGACAGUCUGCAUGACUGGGUAUCAAAUGCUCCAAAAAUUUGGCUCAACAAGCGAAGAGAGACGGCCUUGGACUGGACACGAAAUCAACUAUCCUUGGGUAUUGGUGAACCGCAGUUUGCCGAACGUAAAGAAACUCGAAUGAUUGCAAGAGAUGACGGCCAUCACAUUGCUACAACUGGUAAUACUGUCCAUGAUGAUUGGGAUGCGGCUUGGGAUGGAGAUGAGCCAGAACCCGAGCCAGCACAGAAUGGCCACACGAAGAACCGCAGCUCAUUUGAAGAAGAGCUUCGAAUGUCUCAGGUCUCAAGCCCAGGGCCCGCCGACGAAGAAGAUAACGAGGAUGAUGCUGCGGAUGCCUGGGGAUGGGGAGACGAUGAUGCUACAGCAGAUGAUACUGCCGAACAGGUUGCCUCUGCAGAGCAGAAUCAGCCUCAGGCUUUGGAACGGCGUAUUUCCCCGGAAACACGCGAAAUGACCAUAUCGGAGAAAUAUUGGACGUCAUCUCUACCACAACCAGUUUUCAAUACCGUCGUUCAGAUUUAUAACGAUGGUGCUCAAUUAACGAAGCCAGAAAGCCAACAUAUCCCAGUAACACCAUCAGCUCCGGGACUUUUCGCCUUACCAACUCUCAUCCUCGCCAUGUACCGAGCAAUCUCACCAUAUUACUACACCAAUUACCCUGGAGGAAACAUGUACCUCUACAACGACGCCAUCUGGCUCGCUGAAAAGUUAAAAGACUUCAUCACCAGCUGGAACGCACGUGAAGACCUCUCACCUCGCGCAUACGGCAUGGUCCGCCUCGAUUCUGAGUUCAAAGUCCUCGAAAGCUUCGGAAAACGAGCCUAUACCAACGAACUAAUCGCCCAAAGAACAAUCAUCAACGAUCUCCUAAACGGCGCACAAAACUUCUUCCAACAACCCCCCUCCACCCUCUCCUCAGCCAUCCUCCCCGUCCUCUCCCACAUCCGCACCCAAGCGCACCUCUUCACCACCAUACUCCCCUAUUCCGCAUCCUCCUCCGCCACCGGCUCGCUGGUAAACACCCUCGCCUCCAAACUAAUAACCGACAUCUUCGACCUAUCCGACAUAUCCGUCGACGACGCCGAACGAAUCGCCACCAUCAUCUCCUCCGUCGAAUCCCUCGACGACCUCUUCCUCCCCAAACAAUCACCCACAUCUCCCUCUCCCUCUACCUCCAAAUCCCCAUCAGAUCCAGGAGAACAGGAAAUCCCACUAACGCCCCAAUUCGCGCCCCUAUGGCUAAAACUCAAAUUCCUGUCCGAGGUCCUGCAGUCGAACCUGAAGGAUGUGAGGUAUCUGUGGUUUGAGAGCGAUCUGAGUCUUUAUUUCACGGCGGACGAGGUGGUUGAGUUGAUUGGGUUGAGUUUUGAGAUGAAUGCGCAGGUGCGCGGGGUCGUGAGGGAGAUUAGGGAGAGGAGGGAUCCGAGGGGGGUGGGGGUUAGUGCUGCUGGUUAG